ACACCGCCUAAUACAUAAGGUCCUGAACCUAAGCUUUCCCCUCGGCUCCUGCACGCGCCAUGUCGUCGUCAUCCCGCGUCGGAGAGAUCGAGGUUGUGGUGGCCGACGGCGGAGCCAGGAAGGCGGCGGAGGAGGAGAAACAGCCGGACCCCGUGGUGAACGUCUACUCGGCCGCGGCGUACGGGGAUCUGGAGCGACUGCGGCGGUUCGUGGAGCUUGACGGCGCCGACGCGUCGCUCGCCGCGCCUGACGGCAACGGCUAUCACGCUCUCCAGUGGGCCGCGCUCAAUAACUACCCCCACGUCGCGCUCUACAUCAUCGAGCAUGGGGGGGACGUGAACGCGGAAGACCAUUCGCAGCAGACAGCGCUGCACUGGGCGGCGGUGCGCGGGGCCACGGCCACGGCCGAUGUGCUGCUGGAGAACGGCGCGAGGCUAGAGGCAGGCGAUGUGAACGGCUACCGUGCACUCCAUGUUGCAGCUCAGUAUGGCCAAACAACAUUCUUGCAUCACAUCGUCUCCAAGUAUGGUGCGGACUUUGAAGCUUUGGACAAUGACGGGAGGAGCUCUUUGCACUGGGCUGCCUACAAGGGAAAUGCAGAUACAAUUAGGUUACUACUGUUUAUGGAUGCUAAUCAAGUAAGGCAGGACAAAAAUGGUUGCACUCCCUUACACUGGGCUGCUAUAAGAGGAAGUUUAGAAGUUUGCACCCUUCUUGUACAUGCAGGCACCAAGCAGGAACUAACAUUGAGGGAUAGCGGUGGGUUUACUCCUUCGCAACUUGCAGCAGACAAAGGUCAACGGCAUCUUUCCAAUAUACUUUCUAAUGCUACAAAAGUAAGCUUUGGAGACAAGUACUGCUCAGGGAGGCUGGGCAAGGUUGGAUACGCACCUAUCCUGUUUACUUAUCUUGUUAUCCUCGUGAUCCUUUUCCUGAAAUCAAUUGUUUUUGCAUCUGAUUUUUCUAGAAUCACUGCUGCUGUUGGUCUUUGGUCAUGGGCUGCUAUUUCUCUUGCCUUGGCGUCACAAGUGCUGUUCUACAGAGUUAGCAGAAACAAUCCAGGCUACAUCAAAGCCAAUACCGAGGGGCUUGAUCCGAAGGAACUACUCAUGGGGAUUGAUCUUAGUUCUUCUACCUUUACAGGCAAUUGGUCUCAGCUAUGCCCUACUUGCAAGAUAGUUCGCCCUGUGCGCUCCAAACACUGUCCAAUUUGUAAGCAGUGUGUUGAACAGUUUGACCAUCACUGCCCCUGGAUAUCAAAUUGUGUUGGGAAGAGAAAUAAGUGGGACUUUUUGGUAUUUCUUUGUAUGGGGAUAGCUACAACCCUUCUCGGUGCUGCCGUUGGAUUCCACAGACUUUGGACCGAGCCCAUUAUAUUGUCAUCUUCUGAGUCGUGGACUCACUUCAUGGUGACAAAACAUCCUGGUGCUGUACUGUUCAUGUUCAUGGAUAUUUUCUUAUUAACUGGAGCUCUUAUUUUGACGGUAGCACAAGCAGUAAUGAUAGCCAGGAAUCUCACAACUAACGAGGCCGCAAAUCAGUCGCGCUACACUUAUCUUCGUGGGCCUGAUGGACGCUUCAGGAAUCCUUAUAACCAAGACUGGCAGAAGAACUGCGGCUAUUUUCUUGUUAAUGGCUACAACAACGACGAGGAGGCUGCAUGGCCAACCCUUCAACAGACAGUAGAGUGAAGCUAUGGUUCCUUGCUAGACCAUGCUGGCUGUGCAAGUGUAGAAAUGGGAUGAUUUUCGUGCAUCGAGUUGAUGAGGAUGGUUGUGUCAGUUGUAAAAUCUAACGGCCUGGAAUUUGAGUAGUCGUUUACAACAAAAGUAAGUACCAACAUGCAUAUUUUUCAGACACAGCUCCAAUCUAGACUCUAUCCAUCCCUAUUUAGAUGCUGUGAAUAUUCUCAUCUUCCAGUGAGAAACUGAAUUGCUGUGAUAUUUUUACUGCUAUUGAUAUGAAAUUUCUCUUCAUCA